AUGGUUGACGAUGAUGGCUAUGAUGAUGACGAUGAUGGAUGGAAAGGGGGCGAGGAGGAGGAGAAGGAGGAGGAGGAUGACGGCAACUGUCAGCUGCCAGAUUCUAUAUAUAAGAGAUGCGUGUGUCGCAGUCGUGUUGACAGUCAGAACAGUUGUUGCUUGAGCAUAAUGUAUCUACUACUAAUGUGCUGCUGCUGCUGCCUUCUGGCCUUGAUGCCAGCGGAGGCAGCACUGAAGUCUGCCUGGCAGCUGCCCACCACGGAGGAGAUGCAGGCGAGUCUGCAGAGCUGUCGCUUCGAAGCUGCUGGCAUGGAUGCCGAAACGUUGCGCUGCCUGGUGACGCAGCUGGGACUCUGGACAGACGAGGAGGGAUACAAUGCGAAGCGCAUUGCCAAGAUAUUCGCAGCACAAAACCAAAUGGAGGAGCUGAUGUUGGUCAUCGAGUAUUGCAACAAUAAAGAGCGACGCGUGGAGCAGCCAGCACAAUGGGCCUUUGAGGCCUACAAGUGUGCCACAUCGGGUCGAUUUGGCCGAUGGGUUCAGGAUUAUAUGGAACAGAUGGUUACAGAAUAAAGUAUAAAACGUAAAUUAAAUUUAUUGAACAAGUAAAUGAAUUGAACUUGUGCGCCGUGAUCAGGGUUCUGGCUAUGGGGUUCACUUUAGGCCUGAACGCUGUGCUUCACCAGCUGCAGAUUGGAGCGCAUGAAGCACAUGCCACCGCGAUACGCCCAAGUGCAGGCAUCGCUGCCCUGGGAGUUGUUGUCCGCACAGGCGGCUAUCUUCUGAUGCGUUUCAUCCGUAUGAUCCACAUCAUGACCUCCAGCCAACUGUUCGUGUAUCUUGGGCACAUCGAAUCCGUGGGUGGCGUCGAAGAGACCGAAUUGCUCAAAGACGCACUUUAUGUAGCAACGACUCUUCUCCUCAUCGGCGAAAUCCCAUUUGACAAACUUGGCCACAUCUUCGGCUGUGGCCUGCACCUUCUCGGCACAGAUGCCGCGGAAUCUAACCAGAUCAUCGUGUGUCUUCACCACAUAGCCAGCUCCAUGCUCGUGAUGAUGAUGAUGGUGAUGCUCGUGCUCAUCGGCCAAAGCAACAGCCAGAGUCAA